AUGUAUACUGGCCCGGAAUGGGACAAUGAGAUUGAACAGUUCGUCAAAACUUGUCACAAUUGCGCUUCUGCUGCAAAAUCUCCAAUUAAAGUUCCACUUGCAAGUUGGUCUACAUCUACGCAUUCAUGGCAACAACUUCAUGCAGAUUAUGCAGGCCCCAUCAACGGGGAAUACUACUUAAUUGUCAUUGACGCUUUUUCGAAGUGGCCGGAAAUUAUUCCUACACAAACCAUUACGGCUCAACGCACCGUUGAGAUCAUGGAAGACAUUUUCGCUCGUUUCGGCACUCCAGAAACCCUACAUCAUCGUACACCACCCUUCAAUCUUAGCUCCAACGGCCAAGCUGAAAGAUUUAUGGAUACCUUCAAAAGAGGACUUCAGAAACUCAUCAACGGGGAGAAUAUCCGCAAACACGUGCCUGUAUUUCUUCAACAAUACAGAUCGACACCUAAUCCAAACGUUCAAAAUAAAGUUUCUCCUGCUGAGGCGUUGAUGGGCAGACCUGUGCGUACUGUUCUUGAUUUACUCAAGUCACCAAUGCAAAGACAGUUGCACAAGGAUCAUAUUAAAAUACGUCAAAAAAUUCAAUACGAUCACAAACAUGGAGCUAAACCAAAAACAUUUAAAAUUAAUUCAAAGCUCACUACUUCAGACAACGUAUCUAACAUCAAUUCUGCAGGCAAUCAAGACUCUGUUCCAGAUGACAAGGAUUCUGUUCCAGAUAGACAGCCAGACACACAAUCACUCAGACGUUCUGAUGUUCACAAUCACUAG